ACUAACACAGGUGCACUCUGUAACUCUAAAUCAACGUCUUUAGCGUUGUUAAUAAUGGUAGCUAUAAUUAUAAUUAUGAUUCUAAUUAUGUUAUUUUUGUUACGUAGUUAUUUUGUUAUGUACCCAUUUCCUGGAAUACUUGAAGGUAUGAUUAUUUUGCUAUCUCCUCAUUGCAUUGGGUAUAAAUGGUAUGCAUUUUUUAUGUCAUCAUGACAGGGUAUAAAACCACUCUACCUGCAGUAGUGUGUCAGUACAAAAUUACAUAAAGCUCAUGUAGUCAUCAUGGACUCUAGUACAGAGGCCUGAGGGAUAGUGGUGCAUGUGUUUGAAGAUACAGUCACUCAACCACCAGAGGGCACUGACCAUGCAUGUAGUGCAGCUGACUCAAAGCAGGUCACAGUACGCCCCACCAGAGUAUUAGGGACACGAACUGCUUGACCUUAUAAUACUGAUCACUGAAUACAUGCUGUGAUUGAUUUUGUAACCUGAUGUAUGUGCUAGUGUACUGUACUGGUGGGUGAAUUUUUGAUGACAAUAAUAAAUUUUGGAGGUGUGGUCCCUGUUCAUUUAUGUCCUGUUUAUAAUAGCUCUACGAUCUUUUGAAGAACGUUGUAGAGGCCAGGGUAGUCAGUCACAGCUUUUGAGAUGGCAACAGGAGGUCAAAGCUCUCAGGAUGUGAAUCCAGAGUUGUCUCUGGCCAGUACUGGACAAGUGCCUAUCCCUGUUCAAGAAGAAACUGAACAUAUCCCCUCCCCCCUGGCCCUCGGGAACGCUACCAACACCUGCUUUGUGUCGGGUCGGGUACUUCAUAGACCAGCUAUGGAGAGAGAUACAUCAGACUGCUGUGAAGCUGUCAGGGUUGAACUAAAAGCUGAGUUCCAAAGUUUCAAAACUGAGAUGAACACUAAGAUUGAUUCAAUGAAAUCUGAACUUAGCAACAAAAGCCUCCGAAUUGACAGGCUGGUACAAGAUCGCGAUCGAACUCGUGGCGCGCUGGAUAAUCUGAAAGUGGAGCUGACUCAAGUAGAGCGGGAGAAAAAUUUGGAUAAGAGAGAGCACCAGAUGGAAUUGCAAGAGAAGAAUGAAGAGAUCAAGCGCCUGAGAGAUCGCAAUCAAGAGCUGGAGACCAAAGUGAAGGAUUUAACAGACGAGAAGAAGGUACUAGAAGAGUGCAUUCGAAACCACACUCACGAAAUUCAAACACUGGAAGCUAGAGUGGAUAACUUGAAGAACCAGAAUGCUCAGGAGAUUAAUGAGUUGAAGGCUACCCUUUCAACUAACAGGCAUCAGUGUAACCACGAUCCUGAGUCGAUGGCUGCCCUUGAGGAGAGAAUGACGCACACCAUUACUCAGAGGGUGGCGCUAAUGAUGAGCAGUAACUUAGGGACCGGGGGACAGUGUGAGUGGUGUACACUCUCUCUCCCACUCAAGUGUUGAUAAGCUGAUGGACAAGAGCGGUGGUUCGUCCAAAUCAAACACGCCUCUCUCUUCAUCUCCCGCUAACUCUGACCACUCCUCCAAACCCCCCACACCUCCGCCCGUGGAAUG